AUGAGUUUCUCAGGACGGACCCCAGAAUCCUUGCUUCCUCGUGCAGAUUCUAAAAAUCCCGCUACUACCUGCAAGGGCCUUACUGCAAGUGGCCGACCUUGUCGACGCGCCCUUGCAGCCUCUCCAAAGUCCUCGCCUGUCCCCUCACCUUCUCGCAAUGACCGUGGUGUGUUAGCAGUCCUCGAUCAAGAUGAUGCCGCUGCAUUCUACUGCUGGCAACACAAAGAUCAAGCCGAAAGUCUCGCAGCUCAAGCCGAGCAGAGAACGACAUUAUUUACAUUGAAGGAAAAAUCAAGUAUAGACACGCUGGCAGAUAAGGUUGGCGUUAUUGAUUUAGACUCCGAAGUCUCCAGUAAGAGGAAAAAGAGGCGAUCCCAUGGACCCGAGCCACGUCUCACAAAGCGGGAUACCCUCCCCUCCGGGUGGCACGACAUGCAAGGGCCUCUGAUGACCGUCCCCGAGGAAUACGUGCGGCCCAAGCCACCAAAACGGAAGGAAUACAGCUAUGGACGGUCAAAUGUGAAAGCGUCGUGGAGUUGUUGCAUUCGAGCCGACGAAGACGAUCCUGCUCCACGGCCUAGGCCACGCCCUGCAGGCACUUCUGGUGCCUACAGCAGUCCCGCACCAAUGCAAGUUCCCACCGGCCGACCAACUUCAGAGAUCCGGAGGAAACCGGUCCCGUCCAAUCCCUCAACGUCGAGCGUUCCUGCGUCACAACGACCUCCAGCGAAGCCGUAUCUAGAUGCCGCUCCCGAUCAGCCCGGCACUGCCCCCUCGCACUCCCAAACGCAGGCUCUUCUGUCACUGAUCCCUUCGAGCCUGUCACCUCAAACCACCUCGAUGCUCCUUGCCGAGCUCAGCAAACCGAUCUCGCCGUUGAACGAAGCGGGCUACAUCUACAUAUUCUGGCUAACCCCCGACUCCGCUGCCAAGCCCGACGACGAGACAGCCACUUCUAUCAUCGACGACUCCGACUCCGACUCCGACAUACCCACGUCUACUCGCAGCCGCAAUCUCCCAUCCCACUCUACGGCCAACCAUCACCGCCAAUCCGAGACGCUCAAGCGCUAUGCUUCCGUACGCGCAGCCCCUUCUCAGCCGUCGAAACCCAAGCGCACCGUCCUGCUCAAGAUAGGCCGCGCCGCCAACGUCCACCGCCGCAUGAGCCAGUGGACGAAACAAUGCGGCCAGGACAUCACGCUGGUGCGAUACUACCCGUAUCAAUCCUCGUCAGCCUUGGGCUCCAGCAGCGCCGGCGCGAAGAAGUGUCCGCAUAUCCAUCGCGUCGAGCGGCUGGUGCACCUCGAACUGGCGGAUCAGCGCGUGGCGAGUGGGCCGUGCGAGGCGUGCGGACGAGAGCAUAAAGAGUGGUUUGAAAUUGAGGCGAGCAGGAAGGGGCUGCGCAUGGUGGAUAAGGCUGUUAAACGGUGGGUAAGGUGGGCUGCGCAGCAGGAUCGUGCUGGUGGUACUGGGGUCAGUACCGGUGGUGGUGCUGCUGGGCCGGCUUCGGGCAACGGAGGAGGUCAUGCGGACGUGCGAACGCCCGAGGAGAGGGCGAGAUUGAGGCCUAUUGAGGGCUACUACUGA